AUGAAGUACUUCACUUUCGUCACGAUUACUGCGCUUGUUGCGUUUGCGACUGCGCACCUUCCAGCUCAAGGUAGUGGACAGAAAGCCGCCGCUUGUAGCAGGAUGUGUGCUGGGCCUUCAUUGUCGUGCAGUGAUGGUGAAGUAAGUCAAACUUUUUUUCUUUUCUUUGAGAUUUUCGCCUCUUCUUCUUACAUGCUUUGUGUUCCGUACAUGCACACUAUUUUUUUCCAGAAGCUAACAUUGUGGCAGUUCGUCCAACAGCUUGGUGUAAGUAUUACUACAUUCCAUGCGGAGAGACUACGUUGA